AUGGACUACAUGAAAGAAGUAACUCAGUUUGCUCACAAGGCUCAAGACAUAUACGUUGAAUUGUUGUCAGACAUCGAUGGAAACGAAAAGAACUUGCAAUUGGCACUGUUUUUCAUCAUCUUCAAUCCAACUUUCUGGAACAUUGUGGCGCGUUUGGAAUACAACACCAAAUUCAUCACCAAGAUCGCAGGAUCUCCUAGACGUGGCUGCUACUUGCUAGCGAUGACCAUCUUCUCGUUGGGUAUUGUUCGUGACUACUUCUUUCAUCAAGCCUUGGGCUUGCAGAAGACCUCUGACCUCCUAGACAACGACACGAUCAAAAAAGUUGGAAUGGGUUUGAUUGCCGCUGGCCAAAUCCUUGUCAUCACUUCGAUGUAUCAGCUGGGUGUAACUGGGACCUAUUUGGGUGACUACUUCGGUAUUUUGAUGGACCACAUUGUCACUUCCUUCCCAUUCAACGUCAGCAACAACCCAAUGUACCACGGCUCUACUCUUUCCUUCUUGGGAACCUCGCUCUACUACGGGAAAGCUGCAGGCGUUUUCUCUACUUUAUUGGUCAAUUUGAUGUACAACGUUGCUCAACAAUUUGAGGAGCCUUUCACUGCCAAGAUUUACGCCAAAAGAGAUGCUGAGAAGGCCACAAAGUCGCAGUAA